GUUGCAUGCGCAUAAAUGUAUGGUGGGAUAGUUUUUGGAAUAAUGUUUAAAUACAAAAAAUUAUGAUGUUGCUAUUUGCUCGGUGGCGUAAAGAGUCACGUAAUAUCUACGUCAGGGGUUACAUACUUACAUGGAGCAGCAGUGUGGUGUACCUAACCUAACCAACAUCCUCCAUUGUUUGUAAACAAAAAUCGUCCCUUUUUUGAUUUUGGUUUAAUUUCCAAACAAAAAAUACGAAGCUGAGAAAAAGGAUGGUUUCUACCCGUGGCGUGAAGCUGAAAUUUUUCGAAGGCGAAAGAGUUCUUUGCUAUGAGCCUGACCCUACAAAAGCUAAAGUUUUGUAUGACUCAAAGGUUUUAGAUGUGAUAGUAAACAAGGACCACAGAGGGAAGAAAUCCAUAGAGUAUCUAAUUCAUUUCCAGGGAUGGAAUUCGUCUUGGGACCGUUGCGUUGGCGAGGAGUACGUACUGAAAGAUACAGUAGAAAAUAGGCAGCUCCAAAAGGAUUUGGCCGAAAAGUCUCAGCUGCACAUCGGGGCGUAUUUGUAUCGGAAGGAACGCAAGAAAAACCGUAAGUCGACGGCGACCACGGCGGCCGCCUCGUCGGAGGAGGGCAGUUCGGGCAGUCCCGCCCGCAUGGACACGGACGACGGUCAGGGCGCCACUUCAAGCACAUCGGGCGACGAUUCAUCGAUGGAGGACGACUACGUGCAAAUCGAUCUCAGCAUUGAGCUGCGUGAGAUACUCGAACGGGACUAUUAUCUCGUUUCCAAGAAUAAGCUGUCCAAAUUACCCGCUGAACCGAAUAUAAUUAGUAUAUUGGAAAUGUUCUGGAGGCACUAUGCCACCAACCAAAUUUGUGGCUUGAAUGAAAAGCCCAGUUCCAGAUACAGAAACUCCAGUAAUCACAACAAAAUUAAACCUGAAGACAUUCAAAGAAACUUAAACCUUUGUAAAGAGUUUGUUGACGGCAUACGUAUAUAUUUUGAUACCCUGUUGAAGGAGCAGCUUUUAUACCCAUCAGAGCAGGGGCAAGUUAAAACUCAAAUGGCUGUUUACCAAUCUCCAGCAGACGUUCACAAAAAUGAUUGUAGCUCAAAACAAGAUGUGGCUUCCAGUCACACAAACAACCACACAUUAUCAGAGGACUCCAACAGAAACGGAUCUCACUCAUCAUCAGACAACAGUAAAAACCUAAGACGCAGAACUUUAAGGUCUAACCAGCGUCAAGAGGCUCAAACCAACGGUAACGACGCUUCAGAAAGUGCCGCCCCCACAACACCUAAACCUGGAGGAUCCAGCGUUGGGAGCAGCAACUCUGAUGUGUCCGGGCCUUUGGCCAAGGCCUUAUCGUGGCAGAUUCUACCGGACCACGUGUACCAACAACAACCGCCUCCACCUUGUUUGGUUUAUGGGGCUACGCAUUUAUUGAGAUUAUUCGUGAAGCUGCCAGCGUAUUUAACUGCUUCCACCUUAACUGAUGACAAGUUGAAAAUCGUUUUAAAUAACAUCGAUCUGCUGUUGGAGUUUUUGUCUGAACACAAAGAAUGGUAUGGUGAAAAGUUCUACAUUGAUGCCCCAGUUCAUUAGUUGUUCAGGAUCUACAUCAGUAAUACGUAAUUAAUAGAAUGAAUGUCAUUUUGAAAGUAUUUUAAAAACCUUAUCUUUUAUAAUUUUGUUUGUAUUAGUUUAGCUAUCAAUUCUGGAAAUAUUCCGGGUAAUAUUUUAGUAAUUAACUGUUCUACAGACAUUAAUAUAGAUUAAUUAUUUUAUGA